AUGGGCAAUCUAUACACUGUUACGGUGCCAUCAACUUUUCCAAACACUGUUAGCAUCAACAAUACAGUGCCUUCGAUGGCAGACUUAACAAAUCAAGCUCCUGUGAUUUACAUAAGAUCAAACCCUUCCAAUGCAGCUUUUGAUACUUCAAUUGAUUCGUAUCCAAAUUACAUCCUUACUUCUCCCAAUCAGUUUGCAACCAAUUUUCCACCAUCAACAAUAAGUAGCUCGGCAAACUAUUUUGUUACAUGUAACUGUGUCACUCCCGAGAAUAGCGAUCAAUCGCGUAUUGAUAAUGCCGAAUUUCCAACGCACGGCCAAUCCGGCACAUCUUCAUUCAACUGGCAUGCAGCUCCCAUGAACAAUAAUACACUUAGAACUGAAUAUGAUAUCUGGAAACCUAUUCCAACCUUAACCAUGAACAACGGCAACUUAACUGAAACCGUUUUCGUGAACAACUAUAUCUUCGAUACGCCGAUGCUUACAACUCCAACAGAAAGUCCGAACGUUAAUGUGCCGGAUGCAGUGCAGUCAUUCCAAAAUCUAAACGAUCCGGAUAUGAACGAUCUACAGUAUAGCCUAAGCAACUUAUCGUUCUUGGAUAUGUCGCCACAGCAGUCCCCGUCCUCACAACAAUCCCCACAAGCAUUGCCGUCACAGACAUUGCCACAAAUGUUCCUGGCACAUGUAUCGCCACAAGUAUUGCCACCGCAAGUAUCGCAACCACAAGUAUUUUCGCCACAGCUUUCGUCGCAACAGAUAUUUACGCCACGAGUAUCGUCAUCGUCAGUGCAACCAUUAGAAACAUUUUCACCCCAACAAAUGUUGCCGCAGCAAUCAAUGCCAAUACAACCAAUGCCACCGCAGGCACUAUCGCCGCAGUCAAUGACAAUACAACCAAUGUCACCGCAUGCAUUAUCGCCGCAGUCAUUGACAAUACAAGCAGUACCACCACAGGCACUGUCGCCACAGUCAAUGGCAAUACAACCAAUGUCACCGCAUGCACUAUCGCCGCAGUCAAUGACAAUACAAGCAAUACCACCACAGGCACUGUCGCCACGGUCAAUGCCAAUACAACCAAUGCCACCGCAUACACUAUCGCCGCAGUCAAUGCCAACACAAACAAUUCCACCGCAAGUGAUGUCGCCACAAAUGAUGCCUCCACAGGCGCCAAUGCGAUACGGAUUGCCACUACAGAUUUCACGUCUGCCAAAGCAUUUACCACAGAAUCGUUAG